CUUUACGUGGAUUUUACGACACUGAAUCGGUUCUUACGGCAAAACAUGGCGGCACACUCCUCGUCGUGUUCAGCUCAGUGAGGUCUCCGGCAGUCAGCCUGUCGUCUUUCCCGCCCUCUGCUCCUUCACAGAGACAGUUUGACACAUCCGCUGAGAGCAGCCGGGGCCCUCCGCCGUGCUCGGACAGGCAGUGAGCAGCAGCAGAGCUCUGUGAGGAGACAUGGCGGCACAGGGAGGCGUCCUGUUCCAGGAGAAGGUCAGCAGGAUGCUCAGCAGGCGGGACGGAAAGCCGGUCCUGAAACCCAACCGGAGCCUGAGCCUGCGGGACGCGGUGGCCAACCGCAAGAUGAGGAAAGGAGAGGCCACCUGUGUCACAGAGAUGUCAGUCAUGAUGGCCUGCUGGAAGCACAACAACUUUGUGGAUGGCCUGUGCUCUAAUGAGCUGAGCGCUUUCUACACGUGUGUUGAUAAGGCUCAGGCUGCUAUGAAGAAUAAAUCUGACCAGAGCGGCCUGCAGGGAGGACGUCUGCACCCCAAACAGGCCACGACUCUGCUGAAGAGAUAUCCCAACAUGCGCACUGAGAUCUAGGAAACAAACCUUUCUACAGACUUGACGCGUAGGUUAAACAGAGGCCAUCGGACUGGAUCCGUCGUGUUCAGACCAGACUUGUUAGCUACUGUAUAAUUCAACAGUGGGUUACCAUAUACAUUUAUUAAAUAACUGAAUGCAUGAGCAGAACAAACAGUGAUUUCUACACAAACACACACUGCACUACUCCUCUCCACUGUGUAACAAAGGUUAUUCAAUCAUUUCAUGUUGCUGCUGUACGGCGCAGCCUUUGUAUUCACAACACACAGCGUUUAUGGUUUGAAAUUUAAUGUGACUUUGUGCUCAGGUCCUGAAUUGGCCCUGAUGGAAAUUAUUCCAUUUUGUCUCAGUCCAAUUUAGCAGAGUGGUCUUAGUGCAGAGAUGUUAUUAGUGGAUGUGAUGGAAUUAUUCUUCUUGGGUUUCAUGGCUCCUGUCCUGGAGCUUGCUGUUAUCAUCGAACACUUAAAUGCCUCCUCAUUCCUGUGGAGGACUGAUGAUGAAAUAAAAUGAGCCUAUCAGAUAGAUGGGGUUACAAAGCUCUGAGUGGUUGAGGAGGAUCUUCCUGAAUGGACUGAAACAUUUUAUUUAUCAAGUCUGUUAUCGGUCAAACUGUUCAUCAGUCUGUUUCUGACCGUGACAUAUGUUGUUUGUGUUGUAUCAAAAAAUAAAGCAUAUUGUUUUGUACGUCUACGGUAAAA